AGAUUCGGCGAAGGCUGUGAGACGGAGGAAUGUUGCCUCCGCGAGCACGCCAUCAUGCAGGGUUGGCUGCUUUGCCUCCCCUCGAUCCACCAAUCCUGCAAUCAUCCCUUAGCUGGGCUUCUGAUCCUCGCAAUUUGAGGUGGGUCCAUGAGAUAUCACGCCUUCUCCUCUGGAAUCUGCUGCAAGCGCUCGUCCGAUCACCUCACGUUGGAUCCUGCGUCGCCGCACAAUGGCGCCCAGGUGCAGGAAUCAAGGGAAGAGCACGAACCUCUCCUCUUGACUGGCUCUCUCUCUCUCUCUCUCUCUCUCUCUCUCGCUUUCUCGUUCUCUCGCACCCCCUCCCUUCGCCGAUUUUUUCUUCGCUGCAUUUGGUGCACAAAUUCUACAGAUACAGGUGCUUGGACUAGCUUGUGUUUGUACUUGUUGCGGGGGAUUAGCAGGCGAGGUCUGACUUUGUGGAUGGAUUGACCUUGUUGUUGCUGUAGAACUAGUUGGGGAGUCAGGGAUUCCAACGCGCAUUUUGUCUCUUGGAUCGCCCUGAAGUGGUUGCAUGUUUUGAAGCUUCACGGCCGUUCUCCGCGCGUGAUUACUUGCAGUUAGUGUGCUUUGCUUUUCACCUUGGAACAAAUUUGGGGUUGCAUGUACUUUCUCGUACGAAUUUCUAGUUGUGAUCGUUGCAACUAUUUCGUUUGACGAGGUGUUUGUUUAUCUUCUUUUAUUUUGUUUUUUUUGUAUAAUAUUUUGAAUUUUGUCUCUUCCAUGGUGGCAUUGCCCUUGGCUUUACCUGGUGCGUGACUUUGAGAUCUGAUUUCACGUACAUGUUCGCUUGAAUUGGUUGAUCCUGUAGUCUGCUCUGUAGUUUACUUAUGUUUGUAUAAUUUGUGUAUUCCCUUAUGCGAUAGUGUGUUCUUUUGUACCAAGUCAAUGCUUGGGAAUUGUUUGUCUGGCUGCAUGUUGUGUUAGUGUCAUGGGGUGAGCUAAACUCGACUAAUUUGGCAAACCAUGAAAGAAUUUGCGACGCUCGUGUGCUCGUGCAGGCAUGGUUUAGCACAGGUUGCAUCAACAUUCUCCCAGUCUUCGUCACCUCCCUCUUGGCAGGCGCAGCUGUGAGUUUUGUGAGGGGAUUAAGUUGGAGACGCGGAGAUGGCAGUACCUGCCGCGGCCAUGAGCUUGUUGCAUAACCAUACCUCGGCGGGGUUUCGUCAGACCAAGCUUGGACCCUGCACCUUUGGAUCCGCACGGAAUUCACUCUUGAAGACCACAAUUUCUCGUGGUGCAAUGGUCAGUCGCUGCGCACCAUCGCCCGCCCCCGUGAAAUCAACGAGUUCAAGAUUUUCCAUGAGGCGGAACUCGAGAAUGUCCUCCAACAGUGAAAGCAUGGCGGAGAAUUUCAGUGAAGAUGACGAAGAGUACGCUGAUUCCUCGAUUGUGGAAGCUUUGGAAGUCAAGAGCGGCUUUGAUGGAUUCACCAUCAAAAUGCGGGAUGGCAAUGUGCUCAAGUGUGUGCACAACAGGUCAACAGAGGGAGGCUAUCUUCCCGUGUAUGCUCCACAACCGGCGAUCGUUCUACGAUUAAACGAUGGCUCCAACCUUUUACUCCCAAUUAUUGUACUUGAACUGCCAAGUAUUAUGCUUCUGGAAGCGGUAAGAAAUGUUAACAUCUCGCGCCCGACAGUGUACCAAGUAAUGAGCGAGAUGCUAGAGGUGUCGGGAUACAAAGCGAAGGUUGUUCGAGUGACUAAGCGAGUCAACGACGCUUACUUUGCAAGAAUUUAUCUCGUGAAGGAUGGAGAUGACGCCGCCGCUCCUGUGAGCCUCGAUGUCCGCCCCUCGGACGCCAUCAACCUUGCCGUGCGCUGCAAAAUACCUAUUCAGGUGAACAAGCAGCUAGCUGUAGGGGACGGCGUUCGCAUUGUCAGCGAGCCCGAGAAGCUACCUUCUAGCAUCGCCACCAAGAGUGCGCAAUUUAUCAUCGACAUGGACAAGGCACUUCCGGGAGACUGUGAAGAUGCUAAAGAGUUCAUUAUCAUUCGGGACAUGUAUAUUGCGGCUGUGGAGGAGAGAUUCAUCGAUGCGGCUAAGCUGCGCGAUGAGCUCCAGCAGUUCAGGACACACAACCGUAAGGACUCACAAAAGCAAACGUGAUCGACGGAGCUUAUCCAAUCGGUUGGGAUUAUCUGGUAAACGUCCAAGUGAUGAAGCCUGAAUCAAGGCUUUCAGUUUUCGAUUGACAGCGUCUCUCUGUGUGUGUAUGUAUGUGUAUAUAUAUAUAUAUGAAACCACUAGAGAAUAUGUUCUAUGGAGAAUCAAACCCUAGCUCUUCGGUGUGGCGCUCGCACAAUCAACAUUUUAUCAUGUACAAAGCAGAGAGAGGAUCUUCACUAACGGUGCAGAAGAAGGAUCUCAAGCUCAAACAGGGAUAAACAUGGUGUACAGUACAGCCAUGCUUUUUCAGUGCUGCAUCGUCUCCUGCAUUUUCAAGUAUCGAAUUCAUCAUCCUGCUCAAACCAUCUGCUGAUACUAAGAGCUGUUUUUGAUUGCAGUUUACUUCAGAUGUACAUACAUUCCAGAGAGUAGACCCACUCAUAUUAUAAGACCUCAUAAUACUGAGUACUGGGGCAAAGUGAAGGAAAUAGACUGCUUUUCACAUUGUGGUUAUCUGCAGUAAGUACUUGCAGCUUGUGGGUACUUGUGUAGGUUCUCUUUGAUGGGUAGAGGAUUAACUGGUCUGUAGCAAGAGUGGGUCUGGCUUUUAAUACUUUGAUGUGUGUACUAAUUUGCCGACAAUUCACACAGAACUCCAGGAGAGGUCUGUUGUUCGUUGAAGUUUCGAAAAAUAAUGAGGCUCUUGUCUCGACAAAUAGUACUAAUCUUUAUUGCAUUCGUAUACAUGUUAGCAGAGGAAACAAUACAAUGUUACUGAAUAAACUACAAUUUUUGUGCUGGA